AAAGCCGUUGUUGCAGUGAAAGAUGUUGCGAAAGCAGCAGCAGCUCUGUCGGGAAAGGCAGCGCCUCCAACACUGGCCCUUCCGAAAAACGCCGUUACAACGAAACAACCCACCCCACGGAGAGGUUCUGACCCUGGUGCGGGGACUUCUGCCAAAACAUCGUUUGUAGGAGCGACGAGCAGCAAACCUUCUCCAGUUGUCGCGGUCACAGGAGCUCCUUCGCCUUUACCUUCAUCUCCGAAAAGCUUGCCAAGCGCCUCUCCGACGGGCUCGCAACCAGUGCCAACAGCUUCACCUGAAAAAACUGCUUCAUCGAGACCCCCCAACCCAGUCCCAGUCAACUCUCCAGCACCGAUCUACACGCCAUAUCAACUUCCACUUCUGGCCGACGCGGAGGACUUAGAGGCGAUGGGCGUGGUGGCUUGGGAGCAACCGAAAGUGGACGAAGAAAUCCUAGACAGUGAAACGCUGUCGGCAGAAGACAAGAUGCGGGCUUUGUUUGGGUUUGACCUAGCGUGGAGCGAUUUUCCUAUCGUACGGGUGUCAAAAAUCUACCAAGAGCAUGGCUACGAUGCUGUUUUGAGCAAUUCGCUAGUUAUCGGAAGAGGGAAGAAGUUACGGGAGAAAUUUGUAUGUAGUUUGUUUUAGUGGUGUUUGACUUUCAUGUAAGGAGAAAUUUACACUCAACGAACAUAUAGAUCUUACCGCGGAGUUUUCAUGCGAGUUCAUUCAUUCAUCACAAAAAACCAACCUCGAAGAACCAAAUCCCUCGCCGCAAAACCUCCACCAGGAAGUAAGACAUCGAAGGCCUCAAGGAUGGGACUGAAGGUAG